AAUAAGUUAUUUUACAGAUGUAGUUUAUAUUUGUGAAUCUGGAAUAAAUUUUGAACUUUUGUAAGCUAGUGAACGUUAACGCAUAAGUAAUAUGACUAAUAUCGGACACUCACCCAAUAUCUAGGCGGAUAUGUAAAGUUUUGCGGUAUGGCGCAUUUUAUCGUUCCCAAUACACGACCGGCAUCCCGUUGUUCUUCAUUUGGCAGUUUAUCUCGAAAAUGGUCAACGCGUUGAUUUCACUGCAGACAAUGUACAACAGAGCGCAGCACGACCACCGGGGACAACACUAACUACCUUUUUCGAGUUGUGUGAAAACGAUGAAUUUGCAAGAACAUUGCUAUAUUCCGAAAUACCACAAUAUUUUACUUGGAAUCCAUCAUCGAAAACAUUUCAACGACGAAAGGAAGGCGAGCGUGUUGACGGUUAUCCAAAUGUCCGUAAAACCGAUGCCAUAGGACGCAUUUACACCAUCCAUCCGAACAACGCCGAAUGUUUCUAUUUGCGUCUGCCAUUAGUCAACGUGCGCGGACAAGAUCAUUUGAUGAUUUGAAAACUGUUGACGGUCAGUUGUGUGCGACGUGUCGUGAAGCAUGUCAGCGAUUGCAUUUGUUAGAAGAUGAUAUGCAUUGGGACACCACACUUCAUGACUCAUCACUCACAUCUCAUCCAAAACAAAUACGCGUACUAUUCGCCAUAAUAAUACACAUGCCUUCCGUCAAAUCCGCAAGAACUGUGGAAUAAGUACAAAGACUGCAUGACCGAGGACUUAUUAAUUUUGGCGCGUAAUCGAGCAUCGGACGCAGACUUGCUAUAUACAUUACAAAUGUAUAAUGAUGCUUUGAUAUUGGUUGAAGAUCUGUGCCUUACAAUUGCGAAUAAGGCAUUAGCGCAACUUAGCAUAACAGCGCCCAAUCGUUCAGCGAUUGAUAUGCUUGACCAUGACCUUCAACGUGAACAACAAUACGAUUGCAAUGAUUUGCUUGCUUUCAUACAAGCUAACAUUACCAAAUUGAAUAUUCAGCAGAGAAAUGCUUAUGAUAAGAUUAUACGAGCAGUUGACAAUAACGCCGGUGGAUUCUACUUUCUGGAUGCACCCGGUGGUACAGGGAAAACGUUUCUGAUCUCUUUGAUUCUUGCUACUAUACGGUCACAGCAGAAAAUUGCGCUGGCAAUUGCUUCGUCAGGCAUCGCUGCUUCUCUACUUGAUGGCGGCCGAACAGCAGCAUUUCAUACAUUGAAACAUGUAUUCUGAAAUUUUGUUUUUGCAGUUUGCUACUGUUUUGCUCUUCACGUCUAUAUCCCAUGUCUUUCUUACAUUAUUUAUGCAACCGAUAAGUGUAAUAUCAUAUUUUAUCUUCCUCUCCAUACUAUAUAGAGACUCUUUUAAAAUUCUGCCUCGAUAGUAAAAUUUUAAAUUUUGUAUUAUGCUCAAAUCGAAAAAUCCGAUUUAUUUAAGGAAAUUGUUAUGAAAUUUGAUUACUUAACGCUAUUGCCAAAUCAAAAGUUGGAGAUAUUGAGAUCUGCGAGUUAUGGAAGUUUAAAUGUACAUAAUUAUGUAUGUGUAAACAUAAAAGAAUAUCACAUUUCAUCUAUAUCUAUAUCUAUAUUCUAUAUCUAUAUCUAUAUACAUAUAUAAAAAUCGUCACGACUUAACAGCACGUGUAUUCAGGGAAAAGCAAAAAGCAAUGAUGGAUUUAAUUGUGACCUACAAUUGUUCGACGUUGUAACAAAAAACAUGAUCCACGGCCCUUGCGGCGCUAUUAAUCCAACGUCACCAUGCAUGAUUGACAAUAAGUGUUCAAAGCGCUAUCCUAGAGCUUUAGUUGAUGAUACAAUCACUGGAAAUGACGGAUAUCCAUUAUAUCGGCGUCGAUCCGCUGAAGAUGGCGGUAAUUCAACGGUCAUAAAAGUUCGGAAUCAAGACGUUGAUGUUGAUAAUCGUUGGGUCGUGCCGUAUUCACCAUUGUUGUCAAAAAUUUUCGAAUCGCACAUCAAUGUAGAAUAUUGCAACUCUGUCAAUUCGAUCAAAUACAUCUGCAAAUACGUAAAUAAGGGCAGUGAUAUAGCAGUUUUCGGAGUGGCUGAUUAUCAGAGAAUUGAUGAAAUUCAGCAAUACCAAAUGGGUCGUUAUAAAAGCAGCAACGAAGCGGUAUGGCGCAUUUUAUCGUUCCCAAUACACGACCGGCAUCCCGUUGUUCUUCAUUUGGCAGUUUAUCUCGAAAAUGGUCAACGCGUUGAUUUCACUGCAGACAAUGUACAACAGAGCGCAGCACGACCACCGGGGACAACACUAACUACCUUUUUCGAGUUGUGUGAAAACGAUGAAUUUGCAAGAACAUUGCUAUAUUCCGAAAUACCACAAUAUUUUACUUGGAAUCCAUCAUCGAAAACAUUUCAACGACGAAAGGAAGGCGAGCGUGUUGACGGUUAUCCAAAUGUCCGUAAAACCGAUGCCAUAGGACGCAUUUACACCAUCCAUCCGAACAACGCCGAAUGUUUCUAUUUGCGUCUGCCAUUAGUCAACGUGCGCGGACAAGAUCAUUUGAUGAUUUGAAAACUGUUGACGGCCAGUUGUGUGCGACGUGUCGUGAAGCAUGUCAGCGAUUGCAUUUGUUAGAAGAUGAUAUGCAUUGGGACACCACACUUCAUGACUCAUCACUCACAUCUCAUCCAAAACAAAUACGCGUACUAUUCGCCAUAAUAAUAUCUACAUGCCUUCCGUCAAAUCCGCAAGAACUGUGGAAUAAGUACAAAGACUGCAUGACCGAGGACUUAUUAAUUUUGGCGCGUAAUCGAGCAUCGGACGCAGACUUGCUAUAUACAUUACAAAUGUAUAAUGAUGCUUUGAUAUUGGUUGAAGAUCUGUGCCUUACAAUUGCGAAUAAGGCAUUAGCGCAACUUAGCAUAACAGCGCCCAAUCGUUCAGCGAUUGAUAUGCUUGACCAUGACCUUCAACGUGAACAACAAUACGAUUGCAAUGAUUUGCUUGCUUUCAUACAAGCUAACAUUACCAAAUUGAAUAUUCAGCAGAGAAAUGCUUAUGAUAAGAUUAUACGAGCAGUUGACAAUAACGCCGGUGGAUUCUACUUUCUGGAUGCACCCGGUGGUACAGGGAAAACGUUUCUGAUCUCUUUGAUUCUUGCUACUAUACGGUCACAGCAGAAAAUUGCGCUGGCAAUUGCUUCGUCAGGCAUCGCUGCUACUCUACUUGAUGGCGGCCGAACAGCACAUUCUGCGUUGAAAUUACCGUUGAACAUCCAAGUCGUUGAAACACCAACGUGCAACAAAUCGAGGAAUUCAGCAAUGUCAAAAGUUUUGCGAGGAGCUGGAAUAGUUCUAUGGGAUGAGUGCCCAAUGGCUAACAAAAAGUCAUUAGAAGCAUUCAAUAGAACAAUGCAAGAUUUACGCCAAAAGCAACAACUUUUUGGCGGAGCAUUAGUCUUAUUAUCCGGCGAUUUUCGGCUAACUUUGCCAGUCAUUCCUCGAUCAACUCCUGCCGACGAAAUAAACGCAUGUUUAAAAUCGUCAGUUUUGUGGAGACAUGUUCAAAGGCUGACUCUUACCAUCAACAUGCGAGUCCAAUUGCAAAACGAUCGAACCGCAGCGGCGUUUUCGAAGCAGUUGUUGGACAUUGGCGAAUGCAAAAUACCAAUCGAUGAUACCGGUUUGAUCACAUUGCCGAACAACUUUUGUACACUUUUACAAUCGAAAGAAGAAUUGAUUGAAAGUGUAUUUCCGAAUAUUGUUCAACACUAUCAACGCCACGAUUAUUUAAGUGAACGCGCAAUAUUGGCACCGAAAUCAAUUUUGCCAUUCAAGAAAAACUGCCAGGAGAAGCUACAACAUAUACAUCGAUUGAUAGCGUUUUGAAUCAAGAUGAAGUAGUCAAUUAUCCAACUGAAUUCUUCAAUUCUUUGGAUCCCCCGGUCUGCCACCGCAUCGUUUGGUCCUGAAAGUCGGUUCACCCAUUAUACUUCUACGCAAUCUGAAGCCACCGACUUUGUGUAAUGGCACAAUACUUUCAGUCAAAAAAUUGUGGCCAAAUUUGAUUGAAGCAACAAUAUUUAAUGCCUGCAAGGCAGCAGUGAAGUUGUACUCUUACCACGCAUUCACAUGAUUCCAACGGACAUGCCGUUUGAAUUUAAGCGCUUGCAGUUCCCAGUACGUCUUGCCUUUGCGAUGACCAUCAACAAAUCGCAAGGGCAAACGUUUCAAGUGUGCGGCGUCAAUUUAGAAGAACCGUGCUUCUCCCACGGCCAAUUGUUCGUCGCAUGCUCGAGAGUGUGGGAACACCAAUGUGCUUAUUCAUUUACGCGCCAGGUGGAAAAACCAAAAAUGUUGUAUACCAAUAUGUUUUAUAAAUAAGUAACAGUUUUACAACAAUAAAUAAAACACAAAGUAAAAACCCUUAAGAGUUUUAAUCGAGAUAAGUGUAGCGAAGCACACAGGGUAACAGCUAGUAAUAUCAAAGAUCGAUUUGUUGAUCUGCACGUGGAGAACAAACCGUGGAAAACUAGUUGCAGUUUUUUCUCACAAAAAUGUAGUCUUGUGCUCUUUUCUUUACAUUUUUUCAGUUUUUUUUUUUCAAAAAAACGAAUGCAGCUAACUGGCGCUCGAACAGGGGAUAAGUUACUCAAUAUGAGAAUAAUAUAACACAAAUCAACCCAAAGAAUUAUUUUUAAUUUUUUUGUUUAAUAUGCUUUAAACGGAUGUUUUUAUUUAAUUUUACGACUUCAGAAAUUCCACUCUCUAAAUUUUGUAAUGCAAAUACGCUUUUUCACUAUAUCGCAUGCGCCUUAUAUGAAACGCAGUUCCUUUUACAUACAGGUAUGUACAUUGAUUAAGCGCACUCAUAAUUUUCUACUUUUUUACUUAAUAUGUAAUAUUAUAACAAAAUUUAAUAUUUCGUCUUGUCCUCAUUCACCUCCAGACCGAUUCGCUUCGCUUCCUUAUCCAGGCGGGAAAAAGCAAAACUAACGGCGCGGCUGUUGCUUCCGAUGAUAUCAAUAUCAUCGGCGUACGCCAGGAGCUGUACACUCUUAUAGAAGAUUGUACCUUCUCUAUUCAGCUCUGCAGUUCAUAUUAUUUUUUCCAGCAUCAAGUUAAAGAAGUCGCACGAUAGUGAGUAACCUUGUCUGAAACCUCGUUUGGUAUCGAACGUUUGGUAUCGAGCUUUUGGUGUUACUCAACGUCAGCUGACACAGCUGUAUUAGUUUUGCGGGGAUAUCAAAUUCAGACAUCGCGACAUAAAGGCAGCUCCUUUUCGUGCUGUCGAAAGCAGCUUUAAAAUCGACAAAAAGAUGGUGUGUGCCGAUCCUCUUUUCACGGGUCUUCUCCAAGAUUUUGCGCAUGGUGAAUAUCUGGUCAGUUGUGGAUUUUCCAGGCCUAAAGCCACACUGAUAAAGUCCAAUCAGUUUGUUGACGGUGGGCUUUAAUCUUUCACACAGUACGCUCGAUAGAACCUUAUACGCGAUAGGCUUAUCCCACGGUAAUUGGCAAAAAACCUUCGUUAAGUAGAUUCAUUUUUUCAUAAAAUUUUCUA